GACCCUUCCAUUUCUUAAUACUUAUUGGGAGUAAUUAUUUAUCAACUGGUCAUUUCUUUAGUGGAUUACCUUACAAUUAAGAGCUGGGUUCCUUUCUUUUCUCACCUUUAUCACCUUUAUCUUUAAGAAGGUAAAAAUGGCUCUACAAGAUAUUAGAAUUCUUGUUGCUUUAGAUUUCGGGACGACCUACUCGGGUUUCGCUUACGUGCAUAAAGAAAACCCGGAUAAUAUUGAAACAAACCAUACUUGGCCAGGACGCGAAGGUGUUUUUAAAACUCCUACUGCACUUCUAUAUAAUGAAACUUAUACUCAAGUUAAAAGUUGGGGUGACUUAGCAUUAGAGGAAGAACCUGAAUAUAUGGUUGAUGAUUCAGAAGAACGUUCUCGUCCAAUUGAACUGUUUAAAUUACAUAUUUCUGAUUUAAAAGAUAAUCAAAAGCCUUGGUUACCUUCGCAAUUAAAUUAUAAGAAAGCAAUCGAAGAUUAUUUAACUCAAAUGCAGAUAUUGAUUAAAAGUACACUAGAAAGAAGGUGGCCAGCAAUUAGAUUUCCACAACAAGUUGGAUUUGUUCUAACCAUUCCUGCUGAAUGGCCAAAUAAUACUACAGGAAUCAUGCGUGAAUGUGCAUAUAAGGCUGGUCUCUUGAGUACAUUAAACUCUGCACAUCUUGAGUUUACUACUGAACCGGAAGCAGCUGCUUUAUAUUGUUUAAAUGUUGUUAAGGAGCAUAAUCUUCAUCCCGGAGAUUCUUUCCUAGUUGCAGAUUGCGGUGGUGGCACGGUCGAUAUUACGUCACGAAAACUACUUCAUGAUAACAAAUUAAGUGAAAUUACUGAACGUAUUGGCGAUCUAUGUGGUAGCACAUUUGUUGAUAAGGAAUUUUUACAAUUUCUUGGACGUAAAGUUGGAUUUCAAGCAUUAGAAACAUUAAAACGAUGUAAUUAUGGACAAAUGCAGCAUUUGAUUCAACAAUUUUUUUGUAAUUUGGUCAAAUUUAAAUUUAAGGGAGAUCCUACAACUUUCAAACCAAUGAGACUUAUUUUACACAGAUAUUGUCCUGAUUUACAGGAAUAUGUUACGGGAGAACUUAAAGAAAAAAUGGAAGAAGCUGGGUGGAUUGUAAAGCUCGAUUUUGAAUCAGUGAAAGGAAUGUUUGACCCGGUUGUGGAUAAGGUUAUAAAAUUAAUUGAUGGUCAAUUAAAAGAAGCAAGGGAUCGAUGUUCUGCAAUGUUUUUAGUGGGCGGAUUUAGUGAAUCACCUUAUCUUUUGAAUAGAGUAAGAGAAACCUUUAGAGAUCAAGUUCCGAUUAUUGCAGUACCAGCUUUACCAAUAGCAGCAGUCGUUAGAGGUGCUGUAGCAUAUGGAUUAAACGUUGAAAUUGUACAAGAACGUGUUCUUAAAUGGACUUAUGGUAUCGAAGUUUGCCGAAGUUGGGUUUCGGGUAAAGAUAAGAAAAAUAGGAGGACACAUGAUGGAUUAAUUUUUUAUUUUUAUAAAUUAGCACAGCGUCGUACUAAAGUAGAUGUUGAUAGAAAAUUUUCAGGAGAAUUUAGUCCAGUUCGAGCAGAUCAAACUCAUAUAGUAUUUAACGUUUAUUAUACAAGAAAUGAUUUUGCGAAAUAUUGUAAUGAGUCUGGUAUGAAGUUACUAGGAACUUUACGUAUCAACACACCAGAUACUCAUUUUGGUCUUAAUCGUCAAAUAGAAUUCUCAUUGACUUUUGCGAAGAUGGAAAUUAAAGCAACUGCAAAGAACAAACGAAAUGGAAAAACUUACGAUGAAACUACUUUUGAAUUAGACAUUUAAUUAGUAUUUUUGUGUCAUAAUUUUUGGUUAUUUGUUGAAAAUAAAUUGGCAUGUUACAUUUCUAGAUAUAUAUGUAAUAUGUAAAUAAUGUAAUAUAACAUUAUAAUUUUUUAAGUAUCAUUGUUUUGAUUAGUCAAAGUUUAAUAUUACGUAAUUUUUUUUUUAAUUUUGUACUUUGUACUGUGGUCAAUAAAUAAUU